CUUUUUAGAAGACGAAGAUGUCAGAUCAUCCCCAUAGUCUAUACAUGAGAUCUUAAAAUGUGAUGUCAACAGUACCUACCACAUGUGUUUUUCAAAAAACAAUUUUGGUUAUGAUAUACAAAAUAAUAUAGAUAUAUACGUAUCGGACGCUUAAAUAAAAAUGUCUCUACCACAAAAGAAAUACUACAGGCAACGGGCUCAUUCCAAUCCUAUCGCUGAUCAUUGUUUUGAGUACCCUUCCCAUCCAGAUGAUUACGAUUGGUCAGAACUAUAUCCAGUUUUAAAGAGGGACAUUGCUAAGGAGAAACAAGUUGAGUUUUUAGAUGUUGGAUGUGGAUAUGGUGGACUUUUAGUGACUCUUUCACCAAUGUUUCCGGAAAAUCUAAUGUUAGGUUUAGAAAUACGUGUUAAAGUAUCAGAUUAUGUGAAUGACAAGAUACAAGCAUUACGAAUUCAAUGUGAAGAUAAAUAUCAAAACAUUGCAGUGCUAAGAACAAAUGCUAUGAAAUAUUUACCAAAUUUUUUCCAUAAGGGACAGCUUAAAAAAAUGUUCUUUUUGUAUCCAGAUCCGCAUUUUAAAAAAGCUAAGCACAAAUGGAGAAUUAUAAAUAAAUGGUUACUCUCUGAGUAUGCUUAUGUGCUGGCUGAGCAGGGUAUUGUUUAUACAAUAACAGAUGUUAAAGAUUUACAUGAAUGGAUGGUUACACAUUUUGAAGAACAUCCAUUGUUUGAAAGGAUUUCUGAUGAAGAAUUAAAAAAUGAUAAAAUCAUUGAUAAGCUCUAUGAAAGCACGGAAGAAGGACAGAAGGUUUCAAGAAAUAAUGGAGAUAAAUUUCUAGCUGUCUUUAAAAGAAUCCCUGAUAAUGUAUUGGUAAAAAAAUAAAUUAUUUAUCACAC